CCGGAACCCGGAAGCAGGAGCGCGCGGGGGAGCGGCGGGCGCGGCGGGGCGGAGCGGAGCGGCCGGACCAGCAGUGGGCGGGCGGCCGGGCAGGGACCCGGCCCGGGACCUGCGGCGCGCGGUGGCCAAGGCCCAGUUCCAGGACACGCACCCUGAGCCCGGAAGGCAUGCUGAGGCCAGGCUGCCAGCACGAUGAGUGUGAACGAGGCGGGCAGCUCCAGCUACCUGGGGCAGGCAGCCUACCACCUGCACAUCUACCCACAGCUGGCCACCAGCGAGAGCCAGGCCUCAUGCCUUGUGACCGCCACCAAGGACAGCACCACAUCCGACGUCAUCCAGGAUGCCAUUGCUCGGCUGCAGCUGGAUGGCACCAAGUGCUACGUUCUGGUGGAGGUCAAGGAGACGGGUGGGGAGGAGUGGGUGCUGGACGCCAACGACUCACCUGUGCACCGUGUACUGCUGUGGCCACGGCGGGCACAGAACGAGCACCCACAGGAGGACGGCUACUACUUCUUGCUGCAGGAGCGCAACCCGGACGGCACCAUCAAGUACGUGCACAUGCAGCUGGUGUCCCAGGCAACAGCGGCCCGGCGCCUGGUGGAGCGUGGGCUCCUGCCCCGGCAGCAAGCAGACUUUGACGACCUGUGCAACCUCCCUGAGCUGACAGAGGAGAACCUCCUGAAGAACCUGAAGCACCGCUUCCUGCAGCAGAAGAUCUACACAUACGCAGGGAGCAUCCUUGUGGCCAUCAACCCCUUCAAGUUCCUCCCCAUUUACAACCCCAAGUACGUGAAGAUGUACGAGAACCAGCAGCUGGGCAAGCUGGAGCCGCAUGUGUUUGCGCUGGCUGAUGUGGCCUACUACGCCAUGCUGCGGAAGCGUGUCAACCAGUGCAUCGUGAUCUCGGGUGAGAGUGGCUCUGGCAAGACACAGAGCACCAACUUCCUGAUCCACUGCCUCGCUGCCCUGAGCCAGAAGGGCUAUGCCAGCGGCGUGGAGAGGACCAUCCUAGGCGCAGGACCAGUGCUGGAGGCUUUUGGGAAUGCCAAAACAGCCCACAACAACAAUUCCAGCCGAUUUGGGAAAUUCAUCCAGGUCAACUACCUAGAGAGUGGCAUCGUGAGAGGAGCUGUUGUGGAAAAAUACCUGCUUGAAAAGUCUCGUCUGGUCUCUCAAGAGAAGGAUGAGAGGAAUUACCACGUGUUUUAUUAUUUGUUACUUGGCGUCAGUGAGGAAGAGCGGCAAGAGUUCCAGCUUCAGCAGCCUGAAGACUAUUUCUACCUCAACCAGCAUAACUUGAAGAUCGAAGAUGGGGAAGAUCUGAAGCAUGACUUUGAAAGGCUCAAGCAGGCCAUGGAGAUGGUGGGGUUCCUUCCUGCCACCAAGAAGCAGAUUUUUUCUGUCCUAUCAGCCAUCCUGUACUUGGGCAAUGUCACGUACAAGAAGAGAGCCACGGGCCGAGAUGAAGGUCUGGAGGUCGGGCCCCCCGAGGUGCUGGACACACUGGCUCAGCUCCUGAAGGUAAAACGAGAAAUCUUGGUGGAAGUUCUGACCAAAAGAAAAACAGUGACCGCCAACGACAAGCUCAUCCUUCCCUACAGCCUCAGCGAGGCUAUCACCGCCCGUGACUCCAUGGCCAAGUCGCUGUACAGCGCCCUGUUUGACUGGAUUGUGCUACGGAUCAACCAUGCUCUCCUCAAUAAGAAAGACAUGGAAGAGGCCGUUUCCUGCUUGUCCAUUGGGGUCCUCGACAUCUUCGGAUUCGAAGACUUCGAGAGGAACAGCUUUGAACAGUUCUGCAUCAACUAUGCCAAUGAGCAGCUCCAGUAUUACUUCAAUCAGCACAUUUUCAAACUGGAGCAGGAGGAGUACCAGGGUGAAGGGAUCUCAUGGCACAACAUUGACUACAUGGACAACGUCGGCUGCAUCCAUCUGAUCAGCAAGAAGCCCACUGGCCUCUUCUAUCUGCUGGAUGAAGAGAGCAACUUUCCCCAUGCCACGAGCCAGACCCUGCUGGCCAAGUUCAAGCAGCAGCAUGAAGACAACAGGUACUUCCUGGGCACACCCGUCUUGGAACCAGCUUUCAUCAUCCAGCACUUCGCAGGGAAAGUGAAAUAUCAGAUCAAGGACUUCCGGGAGAAGAACAUGGACUACAUGCGCCCGGACAUUGUAGCCCUCCUCCGGGGCAGCGACAGCUCCUACGUGCGGGAGCUCAUCGGCAUGGACCCCGUGGCUGUGUUCCGUUGGGCUGUGCUCCGAGCCUCCAUCCGGGCCAUGGCCGUGCUCCGGGAGGCUGGGCGCCUGCGGGCUGAGAGGGCCGAGAAGGCUGCAGAAGGUAUGGGCAUCUCCGGCACCCAAAGCCACCCAGCAGAGCUGCAGAGAGGAGCCAGCACCCCGUCGGAAAAGCUGUUCCGCUGCUCAAUGCUAGAUUUCUCAUUUGACUGCUCUGAGGAGUUCGAUAUUAACGCUUUUGAGGACAUCAUUGCUUUGUAUGAAAGCAAGAAUGAAUUGCAUGACCAAAUCAUCAAGACCAUCAAAGGAUUGCCCUGGCAGGGUGAGGACCCCCGUAGGCUCCUCCAGUCCCUCAGUCGGCUCCAGAAACCCCGCACCUUCAUCCUGAAAAGUAAAGGUAUCAAACAAAAGCAGAUCAUUCCGAAGAAUCUGCUGGACUCCAAGUCCCUGAAGCUGAUCAUCAGCAUGACCCUGCAUGACCGGACCACCAAGUCCCUGCUACACCUGCACAAGAAGAAGAAGCCACCGAGCAUCAGCGCCCAGUUCCAGACGUCCCUUAACAAGCUCCUGGAGACCCUGGGGAAAGCAGAGCCCUUCUUCAUCCGCUGCAUCCGCUCUAACGCUGAGAAGAAAGAGCUGUGCUUCGAUGACGAGCUGGUACUGCAGCAGCUGCGCUACACGGGCAUGCUGGAGACCGUGCGGAUCCGGAGGUCAGGCUACAGCGCCAAGUACACGUUCCAGGAUUUCAUAGAGCAGUUCCAGGUGCUUCUGCCCAAGAAUGCCCAGCCCUGCCGGGAGGUCAUCUCCACCCUGCUGGAGAAGAUGAAUGUGGACAAGAGAAGCUACCAGAUUGGGAAGACCAAGGUUUUCCUGAAGGAGACGGAGCGGCAGGCCCUCCAGGAGACACUACACCAGGAGGUCGUUCGGAAGAUCCUGCUCCUGCAGAGCUGGUUCCGGAUGGUGCUGGAACGCCGGCACUUCCUUCAGAUGAGGCGGGCGGCUGUCACCAUCCAGGCCGGCUGGCGGUCCUACCACGUCCGACGGUCACUGGAGAGGACACAGGCGGCCGUGUACCUCCAGGCUGCAUGGAGGGGCUACCAGCAGCGGAUGGCCUACCAGCGCCAGAGAUGGGGCAUCAUCCACCUGCAGAGCCUCUGCCGGGGGCACCUGCAGCGCAAGAGCUUCAACAAGAUGGUCGCGGAGAAGCAGAAGGCAGAAGAGAAGGAGCGGGAAGGCCAGCAAGCCUUGAGGGAAGAAGAUGCAGAGGGCAGGUCAGGCCAGGCAGCCAGGCAAGAGCAGGUACCCGGGCAGGGCCCGGAACCGUCAGAGGACAGCAAGCAUUUGGCACUGGAUCCACCGGAGCCCAAGACGCAGCCGAGCACUGAGCCCCCGGCAGAGAGCGCCCAACCAGAGGGGGUGGUCCCCAGCCUAGAGAAGGCUCUCCCACCCGAGAAAAGUGCAGCCGAGAGCCACGAGAAGGUGCCCAGCAGCCGGGAGAAGCGGGAAUCUCGGCGGCAGAGAGGGCUGGAGCACGUAAAGCUCCAGAACAAACACAUCCAGUCCUAUCAGGAUGAGCACACCCUCAGAGAACUUUCUGGAAGGGCCAUCCCAGAGCCAGAAGAGAGCCUCCUGGAAGACAGGAAGGAGGGCAGAGAAGAAGAAUCCCCUUCAGAUGCAGGGCCAGAGAUGGAGGAUGCUUCUGAAAUGCAGCUUGAGGAAGCACUGCAAGCCAUGCCAGUCAGCCAGGUCUCCAGAGAAACCCCAAAGGUUCCCCAGGAUGGGAGCCCAAGCCCCAGCCACAGGGAGUGGCCACCCAGCCUGACCCUGGACGGUACCCCCGAGACCUUGGGCACCACUCCCGAGACUCCCAAGGACAAGAGCGAGCUGGGCAGUGACCUGAGCACACAGGACAAGCCCGAGAGCCCUGGAGGCUCCACCCAGAUCCAGCGGUACCGGGACCCGGACUCGGAGCGGCUGGCCAGCGCCGUGGAGCUGUGGAGGGGCAGGAAGCUGAUGGCUGCUGCUUCCAGCACCAUGCUAAGCCAGUCCCUGGACCUCAGCGAGCGGCACUGGGCCCCCAGCACCGCCCUCACACCCACAGAGGAAAGGCGUAUCUCCUUCUCCACGAGCGACAUCUCUAAGCUCCUGCCAUCCCCAACCCAGACCAAGACACAGCCUUGUAUGGAAACUGUGGACGGGCGGCAGGGCACAAAGAAGCCAGCUGUCCAGAAGAAGAAGUCAAGCGACGCAUCUGUUGGCACAGACUCAGGGCUGUCUCCAGGCCCCCAGGCCGACUCUAAAUCUACAUUUAAGAGGCUUUUCCUGCAUAAAAACAAGGAUAAAAAGUACAAUCUAGAGGGCGUGGAGGAGAUGGAGAAUGCCGUACCUGGGAACAUUAUUCUGGAAGCUGCCACCAUGAAGAAGAAUCCAGAAGUUCCCUCCAGCCACCAGCACCGCCAUGCCAUGGGUGAGAGGCACACCAAGGAGCCAGGAGGCAAAGGGAAAAAGAACCGGAAUCUCAAGAUUGGCAAAAUCACAGUGUCGGAGAAAUGGCGGGAGUCAGUAUUCCGCAAAAUCACCAACGCAAACGAGCUCAAGUACCUGGACGAGUUCCUGCUCAACAAGAUAAAUGACCUGCGUUCCCAGAAGACUCCCAUUGAGGGCUUAUUCAUCGAAGCCACUGAGAAGUUUAGGAGCAACCUCAAAACCAUGUACUCCGUCCCGAACGGGAAGAUCCACGUAGGCUACAAGGACCUGAUGGAGAACUACCAGAUCGUUGUGAGCAACCUGGCUGCUGAGCGUGGCGAGAAAGACCCCAACCUUGUCCUGAACCUCUUCCAGUCGCUUCUGGAUGAGUUUACCCGCGGGCAUAAAAAUGAUUUUGAGCAGCCCAAGCAGAGCAAGGCUCAGAAGAAGAAGCGGAAGCAGGAGCGUGCUGUCCAGCAGCACAAUGGGCAUGUGUUCGUCAGCUACCAGGUGAGCAUCCCCCAGUCAUGCGAGCAGUGUCUCUCCUACAUCUGGCUCAUGGACAAGGCCCUGCUCUGCAAUGUGUGUAAGAUGACCUGUCACAAGAAGUGCAUGCACAAGAUCCAGACCUGCUCCUACACGUGUAGAAAGAAGAGUGAGCCAGGUGCUGAGCCAGGCCACUUUGGCGUGUGUGUGGACAGCCUGACUAGUGACAAGGCCUCGGUGCCCGUCGUGCUAGAGAAGCUUCUAGAACACGUGGAAAUGCACGGCCUCUACACCGAGGGCCUCUACCGCAAGUCAGGCGCUGCCAACCGCACGCGGGAGCUCCGGCAGGCACUGCAGACAGACCCCACAGCAGUCAAGCUGGAGAACUUCCCCAUCCACGCCAUCACCGGGGUGCUCAAGCAGUGGCUGCGCGAGCUGCCCGAGCCCCUUAUGACCUUCGCCCAGUAUGGUGACUUUCUCCGAGCUGUUGAGCUGCCAGAGAAGCAGGAGCAGCUGGCCGCCAUCUACACUGUCCUGGAGCACCUGCCUGAGGCCAACCACAACUCCCUGGAGCGGCUCAUCUUCCACCUGGUCAAGGUGGCCCUACUCGAGGACGUGAACCGCAUGUCACCCAGUGCUCUGGCCAUCAUCUUCGCGCCCUGCCUCCUGCGUUGCCCCGACAACUCGGACCCGCUGACCAGCAUGAAGGAUGUCCUCAAGAUCACCACGUGCGUGGAGAUGCUGAUCAAGGAACAGAUGCGGAAGUACAAGGUAAAGAUGGAGGAAAUCAACCAGCUGGAGGCCGCCGAGAGCAUCGCCUUCCGCAGGCUGUCGCUCUUGAGACAGAACACUCCAUGGCCUCUCAAACUGGGGUUUUCAUCUCCCUAUGAGGGGGUCCUGAACAAGAGCCCCAAAGCGAGCAGUGGCAGGGGGAGCCUGGAGGGGCUACCAGAGGAGGCGGCGGCAGCCGGCGGCGACGAGGACCGCGAGAAGGAGAUCCUCAUGGAGAGGAUCCAGUCCAUCAAGGAGGAGAAGGAGGACAUCACCUACCGGCUGCCCGAGCUGGACCCUCGGGGCUCCGAUGAGGAGAACCUGGACUCAGAGACGUCAGCCAGCACCGAGAGCCUGUUGGAAGAGCGGGCCGGGCGGGGGGCCUUGGAAGGGCCCCCCGCGCCUGCUCUCCCCUGCCCCACUGUGCCCGCCCCAAGCCCCCUCCCUGUGGCGGCCGCCCCUCCACGACGAAGGCCGUCGUCCUUCAUGACGGUCAGAGUGAAGACCCCCCGCCGGAACCCCAUCAUGCCCACAGCCAACAUCAAGCUCCCGCCUGGCCUGCCCUCCCACCUUCCCGGGCGGGCGUCAGCUGGCCAGGAAGUUUCUGCCCCAGUGCGGCGUCGAGAGCCACCUGCCCGCCGCCCAGACCAGGUGCACUCCGUGUACAUCACGCCCAGCGCUUGCCUGCCUGCACAGGGCACUCAAGAGCCCCUGGAUGAGGACAGCCAGCCUCCUGGGGCCAAGCGGAGGUACUCAGACCCCCCGACCUACUACCUGCCCCCGACCUCGGGCCAGGCCAAUGGCUGAGGGCCCAUGGCUGCCAGAGGCCACGUGUCCCAGGACGGCCGGAGCUGGUGCUGAGCUCCAGGGCCAGCAUUCGGCUCUCCAAGAAGGAUCCGGAAUGAAAAGCUCCAAGAGCCAUGCAAGGUGGGCACCAGCUCCCAAGCGCAGAGUCCCAGGCAGGGGGAAGCCAGCCGAGGCCCAGCUGCCCUUGCUGUGCCCCCACGUCUCAGACGCACUCGCCCACAGCAUCAAAUCAUGGCAGGCAUCCUGGCGUUUCCCACCUCCCCUUUUGUACGUUUUUAUGUUAACUGUUUCUUUGUGUGUGGUUUACGUAACUUUAAACUGUAACAGCCUUAACAGAAGACCAAAUUGUUUUUUAUAUGGGUAUGUACAAACUUUUAUGUUAAUGCCUUGCAUCUCCCCAUAACCUGGACAUGAGUCUUCAGAGCAGAGCCCACAUGGCUGCCACGCUUCGGAGGCUCAGACCUAUGCUAAGGAUGCUUCCGGGGGCAGUCCAAGGGCCAGGACCGUACCUGAGGCAUUUGGGCCCUUGGGGCAUCCGACUGCUCCAAGUCUGUGUGGAACUUGUUCUCCGGCGUGGCCAGCAGCCACCUGACCACCGUGCAUUCAAGGGAGCACUGGGGCUUCUGUGGAGAUCAAGGCUGUUGGCCAGAGCCAAGGCACAACUGGUAGGAGGCCCCCACCCAGGGCCCCACCGCAGGCCCCAGGUCCAGGAGAGGCUGGAAUGUGACUAUCACUCUGGACACGGGAGGCUGAAGGAGGCUGCCCUUUGGCACUGCCUGCCCACAUGGCAGAAUAGGAGCCCAAAACUCAGGACCAGUCAUGGGCCAGGAGGUCAAGGUCUGGGGUUUCCUGUCCCCACAGGUCAAUGGUGACAGCCUGGGAUCUGACAUUCGAAGUGGGGCUCCUCCUCUCUCAGGCUCAGCUCACUCUCCAGACACAUGGCCACAGGUCUGGGAGGCACCCCACAAGCUGUGUGAAAUAAAAAGUGCCUGAAACGUU